AUGUACAACCAAGUUGGAGUUGGUGCAAGUUUAGAGGUUGGGAGGAGAAAAGGAUACAAUAGCCUGCCUGUAGUGAGGCUAGGAGUGGUGGUUUUGGGGGUGAUAGGGGCUUGUUUGGUGCUAUCUAAUCAUUCAGUCCCCGGUUCUAAUUAUGUGUUUGAGGAAGACCAACUCCUUGCCACAAACACUAGUACUAAUGGCCAUGAGGAGGGCAUGAUCCGGAAGAGUGAAUUAGACAUAGUCCUAGAAAAUGCAUCAAUGGAGGACAAAACCGUGAUCAUAACAAACCUAAACGAUGCAUGGGCAGAGCCAAAUUCAAUAUUCGACCUGUUUCUUGAGAGUUUUCGUAUAGGAAACAAAACACAGAGAUUGGUGAAGCAUUUAGUAGUAAUAUGCUUUGAUGAAAAGGCAUAUAAUCGGUGCUUAGAUUUACAUCCUCAUUGUUAUCACCUUCAAAUCCAUGGAUUCAACUUUACCAGUGAGGCUUUUUUUAUGACCCCACGAUACUUAGAAAUUGUUUGGAGGAAGAUUGAGCUUUUGGCUACAGUCCUUGACAAGGGUUACAACUUUGUAUUUUCAGAUACUGAUAUAAUGUGGCUACGAGAUCCAUUUCCACGGUUUGAUCCUGAUGCAGAUCUUCAAACGUCAUGUGACAUGAUCUACAGAAAUUCAUCUUUCAUAGAUUAUCUGCCAAACACAGGAUUUAAUUAUGUAAAAUCCAACAAUCAAACAAUUCAAUUUUACAAGAUUUUGCUUGAGGAUUGGAAAAAAUUUAUGUCUUUGGAUCCAAGCAAGCAACCAAAUGCUUCAUGGAGUGAUCCACAGCACUGCAGGAAGAAGAAUUCUCAUAAAGGAUAUAAGAGAUAA